CACGAACAGUUGGGGGAGCACGAGUUCGGUGAAAUAAGGACGCGGAGUUGUUAUUGUGGCGUUAGUUGUUAUCAACGAAAAUAAAAACAGUGGAUAAAAAAGGCAUAGUUGAAUAGUUUAAAACAACAAGCUUUUAUAACGCUCGUGAUAUCUUUGGCAGAGUUGAGUUUAGACUCAGAAAUCAGGCAAGUAACCGUACGAAACUACAUCCGGGGUAUCUUCUAAUUAACCGGACUUUCCGGUUAAUGUUUACAGAAAACGGUUCUGUUUGGAAAAUGACUUCGAAUAAAACUGCUGCCAUGCAGCCGCAGUUCAGUGAACAUGAAACCUCUCCAGAUUCUGGUACUCCUUCUUCAUGUGUUCCUUGGCCACUUGACCUCAAACUAACACAUCUGGACUGGAACCCCGAAGCCACUCUGAUCCACUUCCAGGCCCAGUACCUCACCAUAUGUGAACUGGACUAUAACAUCUUACAAGAUGAAAUAAGAAACACGCCAAAAACAAGCAUUGCUGUGGAUAUUGGAGACUUUUGUCUUGUGGAAGAUGUAGCUUCUGCCACCUGGUACAGAGGAAGGGUUCAGAACAGAAAAGACGACCAGUUUGAUGUCUUCCUUGUAGAUCAUGGGAAUGUCCUGAGUGUAGACGUUGCCCACUUGUCAUCAUGCUCCAAAGACCUGUUUAUUCUACCUCCAAAAAUAGUCAGUGGAUUUCUGGUAAAUGUCCUGCUGCUUCAGAGUAGUUCACAGUCUGUUUUGGAGGAUUAUUUCUUCAGCCUGAUUGGAAAAACAGUCACAGGUUACGGCCGAGCCCUUCUUCCUCACGAAGUCCUCCUGUUUGAAGCUCCAGACGUCAACAAUGACCUCGUCAGACAGGGCUUUGGGAGACAUGUGGACACAAACACGUUCCUAUUCCUGGUGGAGAUGCUCACAGAGGUGCCCGUCCGACAGAAUUUGGGGCCAGUUCCAGACCUAAUUAUUGAAAAGCCAGAAAAACAAGAGGUUAGUUUUAAACCACCCGCUCGGCGCAGAUACAAAGAUUUCUUGUCAUUCUGUAGACUUAGGUUGAGAUGUGGGGCUCGGGUCAAAGUGCGUGUCUCUGCAGCUGUCAGUGCCAAACUGUUUUACUGUCAAAUGGUCAGUAAGACGACAGAGCUUUUGGAAAUGUCAACGAAAUUGGCUGCAGUUUUUAGGAACUCAGUCAAGGACUACGGCCAGGCCACAGCAAAUGUAGGAAUACUGUGCUCAGUCAAACACAAAGAUGAGAAAUGGUACAGAGGCUUUGUGCCGUUUCUCCCUAUCAACUCUCAGGUCAGAGUCCUGUUCAUUGACUAUGGCUUCUAUGAAUCAGUAAAAGUAGAGGAUAUCCAAAGGUUGCCUCCCGACCUCUUCUCCACACCUGUCAUGGCAUUCCCAUGCUCUCUUUCCUGCCUGCAGGACCAGGACGAAGCUGUUAAAGACCAGCAGUUGAGUUUUCUGAAAGCCGGUUUGCUUGGAGCAGUGUUGGAUUUGGAAAUCUGUAGUUUUGAUAAGGAACAUGACCUUUGCAACAUAAAGUUGUUUGGUGCUGAAGAUAAUCCUUUGAAUGAGCCAGAGUCUGUUCAGGAGUCGACUAAAUGUGACGUCAGUGCUGUUUUAGACCUAAAAAAACUGUCACGUCAAGAUGGCUCUUUGUACUUCGACACAGUUAUUGAGGAAGCGCUGGGGAAAACAGUAGAAGAAGAAAAGGUGCAGGUUGGAGCUGUGUUUGUGGGAUACGUCACGCACGUCCAGAAUCCAAGUCAGUUCUGGAUCAGAACACAGAAACGCAGUGAUGAGUUCAUGGAAAUGACAGAGAACAUGGCAGAUCACUUUAGUCGAGUUAAACUGGAUGAAGAGGUGAUCCAGUCUCCUCAGCCUGGUUCACUCUGCUGUGCCGUGCACGAGGAGGACAUGCACUUUUACAGGGCCAUAGUCACAGACAUUCUUAACCACGGAGCGGAAGUUUUUUUUUUAGAUUAUGGAAACACUGAAAAGGUGCCUUACAUGUUGAUUAAGAAAAUACCUGAGGCAUUGGCCAGAAAACCACCGUUCGCCAUCUGUUGUACCCUUAACAUUUUGCCCACGGACGAUCUCUGGUCCAGCAGCGUCUCGGGCUCUUUCAGACAGACUGUGUCCAACAAGGCUGUUUUGGUUCGUGUCGUCCACAUAGGAAAAAACAAAUGUAUCGUUGAUCUCUAUGAGAUGGGCUGUGACAACAAGCAGAGCAUCACUGAUCACCUGCUGGCUUCUCAUCAAACACAAUGCUGGAACAGGAGUUCCAAGCAGCUGUUGGAGGACACCAACGUCCAGAGAAUGGGUGCAGGGUCCAACAUGAACUUGAUUCCAGAGCGAUGGGCCCCCUAUCAAGGAAAAUCAGAGGAGGUGCACGAGAAAGUAAGGAAAACAGCCGUAGCUUCCAAAAACUACAAAUCUUUGAGCGUCCAACCUGGGUUAGAGUUUGCAGUGUGCUGCACCUUCAUCAGCUCUCCGUCCGAUUUCUGGUGCCUGCCUCUGGAUAAAAUCCCAGCUUUGGACCAACUCAUGGACAAGAUCCAGCAGUAUUACUCGACCAACACAGUUCCACUCCAGACGCUCCCGUGUUGUGUUGUCAAGACGACUGUGAAUGGAAGAUGGUGCAGAGCUUUUAUCACAGAGAGGACAGAUGGUCACGCUAAGGUGGUAUUGGUAGACUACGGUUACACCCUCCAGGUGCAGGAGCAGGAUCUUCAAGAAAUAUUGCCAGAGUUUGUCACUUUAGAAGCACCAGCCUUUAGGUGCUGCAGUUUCAAUCUGGUGGAAGCUGCUGAAGACAGUGACAGUUGGCACUGGAGUCCAGAGGCAUGUAGCUCCGUCAAAAGGUUUGUCAUGGACAGCUGCAGAGAGUUAAGCUGUAAAAUAAUAUCUCAGGUGAAUGUUAAGGACAGAGGUCUGUACAAUGUUGUGGAUCUGUACAGCACACAAACACAGCAGAGUUUAAAAAGUUGGCUGAUGGAGCAAGGUCUGGCAAGAGAAGCAACAAUCUGGACAAAGAACCUGUCAGUGAUUUCACCCGAGUCUUUCAUGUACUCUUCUUAUGAUUUAGGACCAGGGAAUGACGAAGACGUCUUCAUCACACACGUCAGCAGUCAGUGGGAGGUCUUCUGCCACCUCAAGAAAAACACUGAAAUCAUCAACAACCUUGAAAACACAAUCUUGGAGGAGAGUGAGAAGAUGAUGAAGGCCAGCGCCGGAGCUGUGGUGAGGAAGCCGUGUUUGGCUAAAUACCUGGACGGCAGAUGGUACAGAGGCUUCCCUCAUGCAGUUCAGUCACCUUUACACCUCAGUGUGUUUUUUGUGGACUAUGGAAAUGAAAACAUAUGUGAGAAAGCCCAGGUCCUCUUCAUUCCCACAGACUCAGUUGAUCUUCUCUACACACCAAUGCAGGCGAUGAGAUUCCACCUGGUUUCAGUGUGCAAGCAGGAGAGCUAUGCUGACGUGAAAGAAUGGCUCAGCGACGCCGUCCUCAACAAGGAGACCAAAGCUUUCAUACACCGCAGCAAUGAGGAUGGUUCGUUUGACGUUGAGCUGUUUGAUGGAGAUGUUAAUGUUAACAAAAAAGUGAAGCAGUUGAUUUUCAGACACAGGGCUCAAACAGAAGAAGUUGUUGGUUUUAGUAGAAAAACUAAACCCAGUUCAGGAAACACAUGGUUCAGGUUUAAUCAAAGGAACCCUAGAAAAGGCAGAGCUCCAAAGUCUCUGUCACUAAAGCCAGACAGGACGCCUCAAAGUCGUCAUCCAUCUCAAAGAAUGAGCAAAGAGAGACAUAAUGCUCACGUAAAAUCUCUGGCCAAAGACACAAAAAUAAAACAAGAGGCGGUGGACGGGACAAAACCUUCCUCUGUGGAAACAUCUCACGUAGCCCAGCGUCGAAGGGAUCUAGAUAAAAGUUCAAAAUCCAUACCACAGAAGGACACUAACGCAGCUCAGUUAUCAUGUUUGCCUGAGAAGAAGGUUAACACCGGGCUCAGAGCAGACUGCUUCAUGUCUCACUUCCAGUCUUUAACCUCUUUCUACCUCUAUUUGUCAGACGACGGACCAAGCAUCCUGAAAAUGGCUGAGGAGCUAAACUCGCCUGCCCUAAGGAAUUCCCUGGAGACUGCUACAUCUGUGACGGUCAGUGACCUCGCUCUGGCCGAGUACGAGGAAGAUGGAGCUCUGUAUCGAUGUGUUGUGAAGGAUCAUCAGGGAAGUUCUUCCUUUGUGGUGGAGUUUGUCGACUAUGGCAGCACUGCUGCUGUGGAGAAGAAGAAAAUCUACGUCCUGCCCAAAGAGUACCUCACUCAGCCCAGAUUCAGCAUUCACUGUUCACUGUUGGAUCCAAGCACUUUCCAAGACGGAGCUGCGUUCACUGACACUGUGGCGGAGAAGCCUCUCGUGGUCGACUUUGUCCGUCAGCGUGGAUCUGUGUGGGAGGUUCUUGUUGAAGAAGCUGAAGUCCCUUCAAAUGUUGAACGCAGUUCUGGUGAAGACCCUGAAAAAGAGGUAGUGGCUGAAGGCUCGCCUUUAAUCAUACAGGAAGUGACAUCAUGUGAACCGGACCGACUUAUAGAAACAGUUGUGCCCGUCCACAGGGACAGCUUCAGUGUCAGACUGUCAGGAACAGGGCUGGAGACCACGGUCCAUUCUCUGACUGACCACCACGGCAACUGGGAACCUGUUGAUGAAGCAGUGACACCAGACCUCAGACGUUUGUUUCCAGUGAGGACGGACGCUAAUCAGAACUUCAAGACCACUGGAGAAGGACCUCAUCUGGACUGUCCUCCUCCUCAGAAACUCCUCUUUGCGUCCGUGGACAUGGACAGAGAGUACUUUGGCGUUGCUGCUGCCGUCAAAACACCCUCUGAGUUUUAUGUCAUUCUGGAAGACUUGAUCCUCUCCAUGAACCAGGUGUCCAACCUGUUGGACGACCUCCCCGAGGAGCUGUCUCCUCUCCCUGAGUCACACAUCGUCCCUGGUACCUGCUGCCUGUUAAAGACAGGCUCCCAAAUGAGGUCCUGCAGAGCGGAAAUAGUUCAGACCAGCACCAGGGUGGACCUGAACCUGGUGGACUACGGCCACUGUGACUCUGUUCCACACCGAGACCACGUCAGACUGAAGCGGCUGCCGGAGGAGCUGCUCAAACUGCCGAAAGUGACGUAUCCGUGCAGGUUGGGAGGCGUGAGGCCGACGGGGAAGCGGGACCAGUGGACAGAUGAAGCUGCCGUCUACUUCCAAAAACAGCUGGAGCAGAAGAACCUUCAGAUCACCUUCAGAGAACUGCUGGGGGAGUCUUUCUGGAAGGUGGACGUUGUGGCUGACGGUGUCCACGUUGCCAAUGACCUGGUGGAAGGUGGACACGCCUGUUUUGAGGACGUCAUGCUGGGGCUAAGGUACCGGGAACCGUUCUGUUCCACAGAAGAGGCUGAGGUGACGUCAGACCUCAGAAGACCUGGAAGAGGAAACAGAGGAAACAGAGGAGCACCGUUCACUUAGCUCUGUUUCAGGACCAAGUGUCCCGGCAGGAGGAGACCACAGGAUGUCCUGAAGUCAUUGGUUUAAAAUCCUCUGACAAAAAGUUAAAAGUUUAAAAAGUGACGUGAAAGUUUAAACUUGAACAAAACAUUGGCACGUUAUUAUUAGUCUUUUUUUAAAUUUUUUAACAGAAAAUAAGGUUUGAAUUUAAACAUUUUAUAACUGGGCUGUAGAGGCGCCAAGUUCUCCUGAGUUUUAUAUAGUUGUUUCUGUGUAAGAUGUCAUUCUUGUACAUUCAUAAUAACUAAUGUUAAAUGUUGUACAAGUAGAAACACCAAGUGUCCUUUUUUGAAAAAAAAUUUUUUUAGUUCCAUUUUCAAUUUCUUCUUUUGAGUUUUCUAAAACUUUGUUGUAGAGCAGUCUCACAGCCUAGAUACUAGUACAUACUAGUAUUUCAAGAUACCAGCUAUAUACAUACUGUAUAUAUAUUUAGAAAUUUGUAUAUAUAUAUAUACACACACACACAGUGAAACAUCGAGAUAUGAGUAUUUUGAGUUAUGAAUGUGUUCUCAACAUACGAGUAUUUUGAGUAUGCUGUGUUCUGAUUUAAUUUAUCACAGGAAUCCUGAUAUAUUAUAUUUUUGUGUGUGUAUGUGUGUGUGCAAUUAAAAACAUGUUUUGUCUGUUUUCUGGAGUUAAACGUGCCUUUGCUUCUAGAUACGAGCACCUCAACAUAUGAGUGUACUGUACCGACUGUCUGGAAGGCCAAAAGAAGAGGUUUAACCAAGUUGCUGCACUCCUGAUGAUGGGACCAUUGUUGAAUCCUGUGAGCCCGUGGUUGACAGUAGUGUAGAGUAUGUAAUGAUACAUGUAUUUUUGGACUUUGUGAUUAAAUGUAUGUUGUAAAUGUGAAUUGUUUUACAAAUAAAA